CUUCCUAAUCAGACUAAGAAACUUAAAAUAAUAUGAAUUUUAGCGGUAAGAUUAGGGAAUAUUAAAGUUUAAGACAAUUAUGAGAUAAAUCAAAUUUCUCUUGCUCAUAAUUCAGUGCUAGUGGCCCUUCUUAGGGUGACGAUCUGAUGAUAUAAAAUUCCUAUACAGACAUGAGAGGGCUUAUUGUUUCAAUUUCUUUCAGAGUCUUGACUAGUUUUCCUCAAAUUUUUUCGAACAUUUAACAGCCCUACAGAUAAUCAUUUAUUUCUCUGCACUGGUAUGGGCUAUAUUUUACAUCUUAAAUUCUCUUGCUUUGUCUAUCUCAACCGUUUCAAUCUUCAUUUGAAAGUUGGUUUGGGCAAACGUGGAUACAUAAAAGAAUUUUUUUGAUCAUUUUAGAAUAAUUUAAUAUCUAAUAACAAAAUAAGUGAUGGAACCCUCGAAGGAUUAUGACUUUUUUGAACUCUCUAAUGAAGAAGACAAACUCGACCCAAUGUUCGAAGCAAACCUAUUUGAAGGUUGCAACUACACUGAGGAGUUUAUAACUUCCAAACGUCAAGAUCCAACAGAGAUCAUUGCCAAGAAGAUUAAAGCUGAAAGACUUAAUGAUGACUUUAAACUAGGAUUUAGCCUAAGCGAAGAAAUGCAGGAUAUUAAGUAUGACUUUACUGAGUCUACUUUAAAUCAAGAUGGAUGUCCUGUUUUCAUAAUCAACCCUGAAAAAGUCAAUUCCUCUGGAUCAGAGAUCUCUUCAAAGAUACGUAGUAGUGAAGCCUCAGAAGCUCAUAUCUCAAACAUUGUGAAUCCAAAGAUGGAUGAAAAAGCAAAAAGAAAACCUAUUUCUCGACAGCCUUCUCAAGAAGUGCCGAUGGAAAUAACCAAGUUCGACAAAGGAGAAAGAUUCUCCAAGAAAAAUGAUGCAGAUAUAUUCAAAAUUCUGAAAAAAUUAUGACAGAGAAGAGGAAUUUCAAUUGACAAUUUUUGGAAAGAUGAUCUCCCACUUCCAAAACCUGAAGUCUCUGUACUUUUAGAACUCUCUAUCUGAAUUGGGUGGAAGAGGAACAGGAAAAUGGAUUUGUUGAAGAGAAUUAGAAGAACCGGCCGCAGAAAGGACUUCACCGUUAGGGAAACAAAGUUCCUAAUGAGGUUAAUGAAGAAAGAGAAACUCAAGGAAACCCCAGAUUAUGAGGCUGUCCUUGAAAAUUUCCCUGGUAAAACACUUGAAGGCCUUAUAAAAACAUAUAAUGAAGCCAAAGAGAACAUUCCUCCAUCCCAACAAGUACUUAAUGGAGUCUCAAAUAACAAAUAAAAUUAAACUAAAGCUGGCAAUAGUUUCAAUA